AUGAAAAAUCUCUCAAAAUUUCUAUUUGUUUUUGGCCUUCUUUGCAUGAUUAGCAGCGAUGUACAAGGGGACAGAUCCUUUAUCACGGUGAAGAACGAACUCAAUCCCAAAGACAAGGCCGGACCACGACUGAUCAUGGCGUAUUGUAAAUCGAAAAACAACAUGAUUGGUCCAAGAUACCUGAAAUUCGAAGAAAUUAUGAUAUUCGGAUUCAAGACUAACGUUUGGGGCACGACGGAGUUCUGGUGCGUAGUUAAAGAAGGGCCUCAUUAUAACAAACGUUAUGGGAGCUUUACUGCGUAUAAAGCCAAAGGAUUGUUCGUAAAAGAUGAUGGGACCAAGUGGAAUUGGUCAGCUAAAGACGAUGGCUUCUAUUUUCAUAAAGGGAAUAUGCCUUCUCUUAAGUUGGCUAACUGGACCAUGAAUUAA